AUGCGCGGGCUGCGGGAAUUCGUCGCGGGGCAGGUCUCGCGCGCCCAGGUAGAGCUCGCGGGCCUCUUCCUCCUACAUGAGGAGGAGGCCCGCGAGGAGGUGGUGCCGCGCCUGGCCCUGCACGAGCUGCAGGAUGACCCAACUAAUAACACGCGGGGGUGGAACUUCCUGCGGGACCCGCGCACGCGGAAGGCCCUCCCUACCCACGGGGACCGCUGGCUGCUGGACCGCGUGCUUGGGGCGGACUGGCUGCGCGAGGAGUUCCUAGAGUACCUGCAGCAGGUGGACGGGUUCCUGCAGCGCCUGCUCCUCCUCGUCCACAUUACCAGCGGCCAGCCUGCGCGGGCCACCGAGCUGCUAGGGCUGCGCCACCGCAACACCCUGCAGGGCCGCCACCAGAACAUCUUCAUCGAGCAUGGGUUGGUUAGCACGGUCACCACGUACCAUAAGGGCUAUUCUAUUAGUAACACCACUAAGAUCAUCCACCGCUACCUGCCCAAGGCCGUGAGCGAGCUGGUGGUCUACUACCUCUGGCUGAUCCUCCCCUUCCGCGAGGCCCUGGAGCGGCUGGCCCGGGGCCACCACGGGCCCGCCUCGGCCUUCCUCUGGCCCGCGGCCGCGGGCGGAGGGGACCAGGGGGGGAGCUGGCCGAGCGAGCGCCUGCGGAAGGUCCUGCAGCAGGAGGCGCAGGCGCACCUACAGACGAAGCUGAACAUCCUAACCCAGAAGGGGUGGUGCAGGAUACCUAUCCUUGAAUUGGGGUUCGCGCGAGAUUGGCACCUGAUUGGCCACAGCCAGCUCCACUUUGCGUAUCCUGGACCUGGCAUGGCCGUGUAUCCUGCAUUAACUUCCCCGCGCUGGAUCGUGCUGAAACCCGGGACAGCGGCCUAGGAGGGGAGUUAUUAGUAGCUGGUAUUAACCAGGGCCCGCUACAAGUGAUAGCCAAGGUAUAGGGUUGGUUCAAAGUGGCCAGGUUUUUUUUUUGGUUGGGGUUUACUAAACGGGCGGGCGACGGGCGGGCGGCGCGCGCGGGAGUGGUAGAUUCCAUAGAUUAAACUCCCGCGCCCAUGGAAACCAUGGGAGACUGACCUAUUCCAUUAUAAAUAUUAUUAUUAUUAUUAUCAUUGUCAUUGUCAUCGCGGCUGUUAUUAGUGUUAUUAUUAUUAU